AUGCUUUCCUGCACCUACACAUUAGCUCCUCUCCAUAAUGGACCAUAUAUGUCAUAUAUGUCUCUUAUAAAGAUGGAGAUUCUAAAUAGCACUGGCGCUUGUCUGAAGAUGUGUCUUGAAGAGUUCUCGGAGUGCAUUCAAAUUGACGUCGCGAAAAGGGCAGGAGAGUACGAAUGCUACUUCUACAAAGCAUCGGAAGAAGGAGUCUAUUCCUACGAUACUGCCGGUGUAGAAUAUUACAAUUUGGAUAGAGGUGCAAUUAACGAUAGCUGCCCAUUGGCAGAGACCGUGUUCCCAGCACUCGGAUAG